GUGUCGUUUAUUUGUCAGCAAAAAACAACGAAACAACCCAACCCGAACCAAAUUGAAUUCCGAAAGGUGUAUAUGAAAUAUAUAACACCACAAUAGCAAAGCAAAACCCACUUUAAUUUUUCUCUUUACUCUUUAUCUUUGCUUUUCUCUCCACUACCACACCGCAAAAAGACUCACCCGCACAAGCUUUUGCUUUUCGCCGUUUUGGAUUUGUUGCAGAUCCGCAGAAACUAAUAAUAUGAUUCAAGAACUCUUCGCUGGUGCUGGUUUUGUAGCACCUCCUGACAAGAAAUACUCCAUUAACAACAACAAUCUUAUUAGUAAUAAUGGAGGAGGAGGAGGAGGACUUCUCUUACCACCAACACCACCACCUUCUUCUUCUUCUUCUACACCUACUUCUACGGUUGUGGCCGCCACCUCAUCAACUAGUUCGGAGAAUCUGAGGUGUCCGCGAUGCGAUUCAUCCAACACAAAGUUCUGUUACUACAACAACUACAACCUCACUCAGCCUCGCCAUUUCUGCAAGACAUGCCGAAGGUACUGGACCAAAGGUGGUGCUCUCAGGAACGUCCCCAUCGGCGGUGGCUGCCGGAAAAAUAAGAACAUCGGUGUCUCCAACUCCUCAGCGGCAAAGGCUGCAAGCACCACCCCGAAGAUGAAAGCUAUGGUGGCAUCAGAGCUCAGAAGAUCAUCAUCGUCGCCGCUUGGAAUCGACCACCACGAUCUUCCAGCAGGACCAAUCCUAUGGGGAUCUCCACAGAAUAGUCAUCUAUUGGCGUUACUCCGAGCUGGCCAGAGCCAAAACCCUAACCCUAACCCUAACUCCAUGCUCAUGAACGGUGUUUCAGUGAAGGAAGAACGGAACUACAACAUGGUGAGUAGUACUGCAGUAGAGCCAUUGAUGAUGAAUAAUAAUAUUCCAAGAACAACCCUAGGCUAUGAUGGAGUUGGAGUUGGACACAUUCCUCAAUUGGAUCUGUGCAGCUCUUUGUGGAGAAGCAAUAAUAAUAACAAUCAAGAUCAUCAACCUGCAGCAGCUGCUACUUCCUUUCUACUUUCUGAACAACACCAAACCAGUAGCAAUGGAAUUCAACAACUUUAUCACAAACUCAGGUCAACACCUAAUAACUAUGCCACUCACAAUAAUUCAUCGCCAAUCUUCAUGCCAAACAUGGCUGCUUCUUCUUCUUCUUCUUCUUUAUCCACCAUUUUGGAAUCAUCUUCGGUUUCCACCGCUGAAUUGGGCUGCUGGAAUAAUCCAACCCUUCCCUGGCUUUCUGAUCUUCCUGCUGCAACCAAUGGUGCAUACCCUAAUUAACUGCAACUGUAUGUUUUUCCUUCUUUCAAAAAAGAUUUUUUUUUCUUUUUUACCUCAUUAGAUAGCUAGUUCUCCUUUGUUUGUAUUUUGUAGAUGUUAAUCUUUAUUUUUGGAGUGUAUGUUUUCUUUUUUGGUGAUUUAUUUUGCUUGUUUGGGUGGUAUAUGAAUAUGAGUUAUGGACCUGUAGCAUUAUUAUUUCUCA